GCCAGGGUAUCAAAAUCUUCUAUUCUACACUUCCCGAAUUUUGCAAAUCCAAAACAGAAAUGGCGCUGCUCCUCACUUCCCACACUUCCCUCUUCUCCCAACAGAAACCUAAGAAUCUCCUCCCUCUCUUCUCUCUUAAAUCCCAGAAUUCCUCUGUUUCCUUCUCUUCCAUCCCUCCAAACCCUAGAUUCUCAUCUCUCCGCAUCCUUCAUGCCUUCUCCGGCGAGAAUCCCGAUAGAGAUCAGUUCCCAGCUGGAAUCCCGAUCGAGAGCGGAGAAAAUCCCAUUGAAGAAUCCAUCGAGAAGGCCGUCGAUGAAAUCAAGGAGAGUUUCGAAGGCCCGAAGGGCAUCACCGACGAAUGGGGAGAGAACGCAGAGCCUGGAGCGGAGGAGGCUUCUGCCACGAAGCUUCCGGAAGCCGAUCCUCCCAAGUAUGAAGAUGAAUGGGGAACGGAUGGUGGGAGUGCUGAAUCUGCUGAUUACAUUUCGGGGAAUGGGAGCGCUGGGGCGUAUGAUAAGGCAUCAGAGGAGUACGAUAAGCUCGGGGACUUGAAAAGGUGUCUGGUCGAUUCGUUUUACGGGACGGAGCUUGGAUUUAGAGCAUCAGUGGAAACUAGGGCGGAGAUUGUGGAGCUGGUUAAUCAGCUGGAAGCAGCGAAUCCGACUCCGGCACCGACUGAAGCAGCUCCGCUAAUUAACGGGAACUGGGUUUUACUGUACACUGCUUUUUCUGAGCUGUUGCCUCUUAUAGCAGCUGGGACAUUGCCAUUGUUGAAACUCAAGCGUAUAUCCCAGGCAAUCGACACUGGUAGCCAAACCAUAGUGAACACCGCCGCCUUUUCCAGCCCCUUGGCCACUCUCUCCUUUAGCGCAUCUGCUUCCUUUGAAGUACGAAGCCCAUCCAGGAUACAGGUCAAAUUCAAAGAAGGAAUCUUCCCACCUCCGGAGAUAUCACCAACCGUCAACCUACCUGAAAAAAUUGAUGUUUUCGGGCAGAAAAUCGAUUUGUUGCCCGUCCAACGAUCCCUCAAUCCUCUGCAGGAGGCGGUGGCGAACGCUGCUCGUGUGAUUUCGGGACAGCCCCCUCUCAAAGUUCCAAUUCCUGGGGACAGGUCCCAGUCAUUCCUUGUGACAACCUACCUGGACAAGGAUCUCAGGAUUUCAAGAGGGGACGGGGGCUUGUUUGUGCUUGCUAAAGAAGGGAGCCCUCUACUUGUAGACCAGUAGCUUAUAUUUGAUUCUGAGAGGAUUUUUAUUUGCUUCUCUCUCAUCUAAUAAUGCCCUGUAUCAUUUCAUUUGGACAUGUACAAUCUGUAACAUAUUAAAUCACUUGGACCGUGCUCCGAGCGUAUUCGGUUCUUAUUAGUAUGCAGUGGUGCAACAUCAAUGGCUCA